CACGACCUGCAAAGAGCUCGACCUUCACAGCCCGCCGCACGGAAUGCCCGUGAGCAAACACGUCCGCAUUGCACGCGCACCGCGGCAACAGAAGUUCUUGCCACGCAGAACAUCGAUCCGUCCACGGCGGCCACGAGUGUCAGCAUCUUCGCUGCACGAUCAGUCCACUCUCACGCAGAUUGACUUCGUCCAAUCUACACCGCAACCCAGCGCGAAGGACUCUACCAACUUCAGUGAUGAAGAAGGGAGCGACUACAAUGACAACUUCGACAUGCCGCCUAAGAAACGGCGAAGGGUGUACGGUAAGGCGUUGAAGCAGACCACUGUCACGCAAAAUUGGCGAGACUUCGUGCGGCCUGAUUCCACUGAGCCUGACGAUCUGGACGUGUCGCCGAAGAGCAACGAAGAGCGUGGCGACAUGCAUCAACGAGAACGCAAAAGCUCAGCGGCCAUGAAGCCCGGAACGAACAUGCACCAGUCCGAAAAGAAGCAUUUGCCGUCAGUGGACCAUGUCAGCAGAGGGAAGACGCCUUCACAAGCGACCUUUGAUCAUGCCCGACACCUAUUGUCGAUAGCUAGCUCUCCGCAAUCGCGGCAAGACUUACUAUUCGGCUCAUCUGACAAAUCGGACGACGAAGCGCCUAGCACGAGGCCCACGACUGCCAGCUCUGCAGCAUCAUUGAAGACGCCCCAAAGGCCCCGCAGAACAGAAAUUCCAUCGUCACAAACACCCUCGAGUAUCCAUCUCUCAAGGAGCGGCAGACACUCUACACAUCAAGAUCGACUUUCGCCGCUCCGAGAACGCAGCAUCAACCUCCAGGCCACGAAGCAGCUCGAACAUGCUCCUUACCUCUUGGAUGACUCUUUUGAAGGACACGAGCUAGAGCAGACCACCCGGCACGAUGAACCCGAGGAAGACUUCGGUCGUGGCGUUUGGACCGCAAGGCACAUCUUCACUCCUAGGAAACACAGAAGAGCUGAAGGACUUUCGCCAAAGCAACGAGCAACUCAGGGCUGUGAAAAUGGCUCAGACGACUCCGGAGAUAGCGAGUCUGACCAUGCGCUUGACGGGACGAUCGACGAACGCACUCGUGAUACCUUGCCAGAAGGGCUACAACACGCAUCAACCCGAUCUCCCUGCCGAUCGACCUUGGUCCAGGAGUCGCAAGAUGGGCACCAUCUCGAGGACGAGGAUAGCGCAGAAUGGCGACUGGGAAACAGCGAUGUUGACGGAGCCGAUAUCAUGACAGGUGCUUACGAUCCCAUGUUCCAACAGACUUUCGACCCAAUCACUGCAGCACUCGAACGCGACGCGGGCAGAUUUUCUCAGGCUGAUACACAAUCACCCACUCCAAUGCAUCACUUGCGUGCGAGCCAAAUAAGCACAGUUAUGCCUACACAACAUAGUCGACCUGGGUCACGCCAUGGAACAAGUCUGGACGAAUCCGAGCAGCCAGGCACGACGGCUGUCGUGAACACAUUAGCCAGCUCACCAUUCCCCCUGCCACCUUGCGACGAGUCCCUCAAGCGAUUACGAAGGCAGGAAACACAGGGAACUGAUGUGAGCCUGCCGCCUCCGCCAUCCUCCUUCUCUGCGGAGCGAGGUUGAUUGUCAACGGUACGAGUAGGUGAGAUGGGCGACAAUAGAAUAGCGCAAAUCAGAGGCCUUUACCUG